CCUUAAACAAUCUUCCAAAGAUUCUGAUGGGUUCUUCUUAAGAUCCAAACUUUGUGAAAGCAGAAGCUAAAAUGGUUUCCAUUGGACAGAUUUUUAUGUUUCUAUGGAACAGUUUAUGUUUCUUGGUGCGGUUAUUAUGGAACCUCGUCUGUUUCUUGCUUUUAUUCGCUGUGCUUCUUUUUCUGGGUUUUAUUAAAGGCAUCAUUGUUGCACCAAUAAUUUCUGCUAUUAUGAUAGCUGGAAAUUCUGUCAUUUGUUUACUGCUUUGGCCUGCUCAUCUUUUUUGGGCUUAUUUUUCUGUGAUAAGUGCUAAACGAUUAGGGCCGGUGAUGAAGCUCGUGUUGUGUAUAUUGAUUGCACCACCUUUACUUUUCUGGCCAUUGUUUGUUGCUCCGGCAAGCUUUCUUGGUGGUUUCCUUUACGGUUUUCUUGGAGGAAUUUAUGGCACUUUUAAUGCUAUUGGUGCAGGAAAGAAAAAUAAGUUUCUCCAUGUUAUUAUCGAUGGGACUUGGGAUACUUUCAAAGGGACUUUCACUUUUAUUAGAGACUUGGCGGAUGUUUGUUUGUAUUCAUACUUCUCAGUGUUGGAUGAUUUCCGGAAACAAGACCCUCCUGGAGGCAGGAUUGAGAUAAGGGUGGUUUAUGUCCCUGUAGCCAUUUUGGCUGGGUUACUAGGGUUAGCAGUUGACUUUCUUGUGAUCACAGUUAUAGCUGUACUGAAAAGCCCGUACAUGUUGAUAAAAGGGUGGAGCCGCUUGUUUCAUGAUUGUAUAGGACGAGAAGGCCCGUUUUUGGAAGGUAUAUGUGUGCCAUUUGCGGGGCUUGCUAUUUUAUUGUGGCCUUUUGUUGUUAUUGGAGCUUUGUUAGGGUCCAUCGUGGCUAGCAUCUUUCUUGGGUUGUAUGCAGCUGUUGUUGCUUAUCAGGAGUCAUCUUUCUAUUUGGGAAUUUGCUAUACUGUAGCUGCAUUGUCAAUCUGGGAUGAAUACAGCAAUGAUAUUCUCGACAUGCCUGAAGGAUCUUGCUUUCCAAAGCCUAACUAUCGACGUAAUGCUGACGUGCAAUCUGGUUCAAGAAGAUCUUCUUUAUCUAGGCCAGCUUCCUUCAGAAAUCCACCAUCUCGGUCCAAUUCUUUCCCGACCCCCACGAUCGAGUUGAAUCCAUUGGUGUUGAUUGAGAACUUAUUUCAAGAAUGUCGUCGACAAGGUGAAUUCAUGGUUCUGGACGGAUUAAUAACCGUUAAAGAGAUUGAUGAUGCGAAAUCUGGCAAGGCUACUGUUAGAGUGAUUAGUGUUGGUCUCCCAGCUUACUGUCUCUAUCGAGCACUUCUACGGUCUGCAAAAGCCAACAGUACUGGUAUAUUAUUAGAGGAUAAUGUUACGGAGAUAACUACAGCAAACAGGCCUAAAGAUACGUUCUAUGAUUGGUUCUUGAAUCCUCUUUUGGUCAUCAAAGACCAGAUCAAAGCCCAUAAUCUGACUGAAUAUGAAGAGGAUUACUUGGGCAAGUUAGUGCUGUUAAGUGGCGAUGCUGAGAAGUUGAGAAACACAAACAUUGGUCCUCCGCCCGAAUCCGAGCUCAGACGCGGAGAGCUUGAUGCAUUGGCCCGAAGGCUUCAAGGGAUAACAAAGUCGAUAUCAAGGUACCCAACAUACAGGAGGCGUUUUGAGAAUAGCAUAAAGGCGUUAUCAGAAGAACUUGACAAGAGGAACACCAAUGGACAUCAAACAUUUUCGGAAUCAGAAGUUUCUAGUUCUAGCAAUCACAGAUCUCUUUUAACAAAAGAUGGUAAUCAAGAAAAUGAUCAAGAGGUUGAUAUAGAUAACAUUGUAUAACUAGGUUCUACUAAUGUAUAUAGUUUUUUCAUGAGAUGACUGCAUCUAAUUUCUCAACCUUCGUUUUAGAUGUACGAUGUAGUAACAAUUAUAUUUUUUGUAUUAAAUCAAUUUUGAUUUUUAGAUGUAA